ACCCAAAAAAAAUGUUAUCCCGGUUCACCAACACUUUGGAAUGGACACUACUAAGAUAGCGUACUUGAUGCUGGCUGUUUGCUUUAGUUGGCUUCCGGCAUUGAGCGGCACAACCACUACGAACCCAUUUCACGCAGCUCUAACUGAUAAUUUGACGCAGUGUGGUGCUGUAGUUUGUGUCGCGGAAACUGAAGUGUGCAGAGAGGAUAGCUUCUGCGAGUGUAAACCUCACUUCGAAGAUCAAGGAUCCUUUCAAUGUGUGCCUUGCCCAGCCGAAGGACAGUACUGCCGGGGUUGUUGUAUCAGCGAUGCACUUACCUGUUAUCAUGGCGUUUGCCGGAGAUGUUCUUUGGAUAGCAAUGGAAAUUGCAUCAGCCAGGAGUCUUUGUUCUUCUUGACCGCUGCUCAGGUUGCACUGGCAACUGCUAUGGUGCUUGGUGUGAUUUCUCUAAGCUUUCUCUUGUACAAAACACUCCGUAAUCGUCUGAGACGCAACAAUCAAGUGCUCGAGAGCGAAUUUCGCCAAUCUGUUGUUAGUCGAGUUUCUUUAUCAUCCAUACAACAACGCGUCAUUAGGCGCUUACGAGAUCGUCCACCCAAAUAUGAAACUCGGCAUAAUUACGAGUACCAACAGAGGCAAACGGAGAGACAGAUCAGUCAGCAGAGUUCAUCGGUCGAGCCCGAUAGACAGUCCAAUCCUGCCCCCGUAGGUGGCCCGCCUCCAGCGUACGAUGGUGAUACGAUAUCUCUAGCUGAGAAUCCGCCACCUUACACACAAGAACAAACUGACAGAACGAGCAGUGGAAUAGCAGUAAUCGAUAUUCCCACGACCACCACAACCGAUCAUGCACUAUCCAUGGAUUUGCCAACCGAUCGCACCUCCAGUAACCUUCAGGGCAUAACAAAUCAUGCGUUCGAACCCGAUAAACUCACUUCAUCGCAGCCACAGAUCAUACAACCCUCCGAUAAUGGUGAAACGAAUGGACGUCCCAAGGAAGAAUGCUAUGAUAUUCCUCUAGUCAAUAGCAAUGAUAAGACGGUUUACAUGUAAAGGGUGUUGAUAAAAAAAAUUAGAAUAACUAAAUUUAAAUCGA